GGUAUGGUUUUUUGAGCUCUUUGUUCCACCAAAAGGUCCUAUUGAUAAAUUUCCACGAAUAUUGCAUUGGAUGAAUAUAAGUGUUGGAGACAAGUUCGUUAAACGGUGUAUGGAGACAGGUUUGGUUGUUGACGAUGUUUAUGGUGGUCCUUCAACGAAGGAUAAGGAGGAAUACAGACCAACACCUAAAAGAAAGGAUGCUAAACCAAGAGGAAAGAAGAAUCAAAAAAGAAUUCGCAAAGAAACUUUUAUGCGUGCCUUAGAGGAACAAGAAUUUCUAAUUGAAGAACUUAAAAGGAGGGUUGCAACUUUGGAGGCACAAUUGGCUGAAGAGAAGGCAAGAAGGCAAAAUAAAGAUGACGUUGGACAAAGUGUGCCUCGUACAGAACCAUCUGACAUUGACCGAAAUGAACAACCUUUGAAGACGUAUGUUAGGGUUGGAUCACAAAGGCGUUACAAGGGAAGAGCACUUAGGACUCCAUACACCGGGACCGUAGUGCUUAGAAUAAAAAAUGAGUGA